AUAACUACCCCAUUCCCAAACACACCUUUCACUUCCUUCCUCUUCUUCUAACGCACUCUCAACUCUUCACUUGUUAAUGCUUCCUCCUGAAAGUUCUAAACUCAACGCAAUGGAGCUUAGCAAAGUCACGUUAGAGAUCUUUUCAAAAUUGGAGCAGCAAUGGCUCUCGCACUACGAAGCAUCAACCAAAACGCGCAUUCUCAGCAUUGACGGCGGAGGAACCACCGCCAUUGUCGCCGGCGCCUCCCUCGUCCACCUCGAAGACCAGAUCCGCGCCCAAACCUCCGAUCCUCACACGCAAAUCGCCGAUUACUUCGACAUUAUCGCCGGAACCGGCAUUGGCGCAAUCCUCGCCUCCAUGAUCACCGCCGACGACGGUUUCGGCCGGCCUCUGUACUCCGCCAGAGACGCCGUCAACUUCCUCGCCGAAAACAACCGCGAACUCUACCAGCCGAAGCGCGCCGGCGUGCUCCGCCGACGCCGUAGAUUCUCCGCGCGGAGCAUGGAAGAGGCGCUGAAGCGCGUUUUCAAGAGGAAAGAGGGAGAAAAACUGUUGUUGACUCUGAAGGACACGUGUAAGCCGCUCCUUAUCCCUUGCUUUGACCUCAAGAGCUCUGCGCCGUUCGUGUUCUCCCGAGCCGACGCGUCCGAGUCACCGAGCUUCAACUUCGAGCUUUGGAAGGCGUGCCGCGCCACGUCGGCGACCCCUGGCCUCUUCACUCCCUUCCACUUCUCCUCCGUCGACGGAAAAACCUCGUGCGCCGCCGUCGACGGCGGCCUGGUGAUGAACAAUCCGGCAGCAGCUGCCGUCACGCACGUCCUCCACAACAAGCGCGAUUUCCCGUCGGUGAACGGCGUGGAGGAUCUCCUCGUCCUGUCCAUCGGAAACGGAGCUCAGGCGAAGAGAAUGAACAACGCCGGCGAGUGCUCCACGUCGACGGUGGUUGACAUUACGCUCGACGGCAUUUCCGAGACCGUUGACCAGAUGCUAGGGAACGCCUUCUGUUGGAACCGUAUGGAUUAUGUCAGGAUUCAGGCAUUUGGUUUGGGAGAUCAAGGAAAAGAAGAGAAGGUGCUGAACGAGAGAGUCCUGGAAUCGUUACCGUUCGGGGGAAAGCGGUUACUGCAGGAGACUAACGGUAACAGAAUCGAGAGCUUCGUGCAACGUCUUGUUGCUACUGGGAAGACAAGUCUUCCACCUAGUCCGUGCAAGCUUCCGCCGUAAGCCUCUGGCUAACGGCGUUUCUUUAUUUUAAUAUUUUGACGCUGUGACUUGUAUCCAAGGUUAGUUUAGGCUUUGAUUAAAGAAGGAAAAAAAAAAAAAAGUGCAGAAGGCUGAAGCUUUUAUUUUAUCUGUUGUCGGAGUGAAUAGCGGUUAAUAAAAAUCACAUGAUAGAGUUUCUCGCGA